UUCCUCGUGCCGCCGCCGGCGCAGGGGACAAAGGCGGAGGGCGGCGGUGGCGGCGCUCCCAAGGCGGCCGGGGAUAAGGAGGUGGUGAUCAGCGCGCCGGUGCACUGCGUCGGCUGCGCCCGGAAGCUGCGCCGCUCCCUGCUGCAGCGCCUCGACGGGGUCGGAGAGGUCAUCGUGGAUAGCACGACCGACAGGGUGGUCGUGCGAGGGCCGAAGGCGGCGGAGAACGCGGCGGGGUAUCUCAAGGUCGUGGAGAGGAGGACCGGGAGGAAGGCCGUGCUGGUCAGCCCGGCGCCGGACAAGCUGCCGCCGGCGGCGGCGGCGGCGGCGAAGGGUGAAAAGACCAAGCAGCUGAAAGACGGUGGCGGGAACAAGGACGUGACCAACGACCUACCGGAAAUUGACAUGAAAAUGGUGGUGGUGCUGAGGAUCAACCUGCACUGCGACGCCUGCUGCGAGGAGAUCAAGCGGAGGACGCUUGGAAUCCAAGGCGUUGAGGACGCGGUGCCGCACCUGAAGUCUUCGCAGAUGAUGGUGAAGGGGGUGGUGGAGCCGGCGACGCUGGUCGGCUCCAUCCGCAGCCGCACCGGGAGGAAAGCCGCCAUCUUCAGGGCGGAGCCGCUGGAGCCGCCGCCACCGCCGCCCAAGUCGCCGCCAAAGGACGCGCCGUCGCCGGUCGAUGCACAGACCAAGAAAGAUGACCCGUCUGACAACACUGGGGAGAAGAAGGAUGGGCGAGAGAACGCGAACAAGGAGGAGGAGGAGAACAGUGGAGGAGGAGGAAGAGGAGAGGAGGGAAAGAACCCCAAAGCAGAGAAACCAAGCGGCGGCGCCGGCGGAGACGCCGCCUGGGAGCAGGAAGCGGAGACACACGGCGGAGCCGGCGACGGGGUUGUGCUGGAGAGCCACAAGAAGGACGACCGCCUGUUCAGCGUCCCGCUCCCGGCCGGCGUCGUCACGGUGGCGCCGGAGAUGGCCCUCGACAACGCCGCCGCCGGCGCCGCCCCGUACAGCUGCUACUCCUACCCGUCCUACUAUUCUUACGCGGCGCACCCGUCCUACUCCUACCAGUACGGGCAGUAUCCGCCGCAGUACUACGCGCCGCCGCCGUACGCGUACGCCGGCGGGCAUGACGUGUACGGGUGCCCACGCUAUCCGCCGGAGCCGUUCACCGAGGAGAACCCAAACGCCUGCGCCAUCGUGUGAUGAUGGGGGAAUAAAAGGGGGAAAAAUUAAAGAAGCUCGUGCUUGUGUAUAUUGGAUCAGGGCAGAUAAUCAAACAAUAUAAAUAGAAAUUGUAUAAUAAAUUACCUGUGUUCAUGGCA